GCUGGAAGACGACGGUGCUGACCGUUCUGCUCCGUCUGUCCGUGACCACCACCGGUCUCUUGCCUACCAAUCGUCUUCAGUAUUCCGUUGGAUUUCCGCCGGAAAAGCCGAGAAAAACGCUCGCAGUGUCUCUGUGAAGUGCGCUGUGUGUUGUUGAGUGACGGUUUCGUGUGUAGAGGAGGUGCUCGUUCCACGGAAACAUUGUUGGAUUGCAAGUGGAAAACACAGCAAGGAAUUCACAACCGAAACGUAGGAUGAUUGGUUAAAAUCUUACCAAAACAAUGAAGCGCCAGUGCUUCGAUCUUUGCACGUUUAUUCGAAGUAAGUGAAAAGCAGAAGUGAGAUCAAAUCGAAGUGAGCCUGUGAGUUGUGUCUUGUGUAUGUAUGCAGUGAGCAGUGAGUAGUGAGUUUUUGUGAAUGAGUACCGAAGGAGUAGACGAUCCGUGCUUCGCGAUCGAAGACUAGCAGAGGCAAAGGGAUCAGUUUGGGGGAUUAAAAAGAAAAGAGAAAGAGUUGAGUUUGAGCAAGUGAACGAAGCAACAGAAAACUAAACAACCGCAACCAUGGUGUCGUACUACAAUCACUUCGCGAUGUACCCGAAGAACCACAGCGGCAACCUGUCGUACUCGGCCACCUCCGGUUGGUAUCCGAGCAACUACCAGCAUCAGCCACCGCACGCCCAGUUCAUCGGUGAUGGCGAAUCGUCCCCGCAGCCCAUGUACUAUCCGCAUCCGCACGUGUUCCAUCCGCAGUCGAGUCCGGAUUGGAGCGGUCACGAGAACUUUCCGACGCCACCGCAAACGACACUGUUACCGCACGGUCCCAGCCCCGGCAGUGGUGGUGCUGGUGGUGCCGGUGCUGGAGGUGGUCUCGGUGGUGGCGUUGGUGGUGGCGGCAUUGGUCUGAAUCUGGCCGGACCUGGCGCUAACCAUCUGCAUCACCAUCAUCAUCAUCAUCACAGUAGCAACAGUAGUGGCAGCGGUGGCGGUGGCGGUGCAGGAGGAGGAGGAGGAGGAGGAGGAGGUAGCAACAAUGCCGGGAACAAUGGCCACAAUGAUCAUCUGGCCGACGGGUUGCACAGUAUACCGUCGCCCCCGAUUACGGUCUCCGGUAGCGAUAUGUCCAGUCCGGGCGCACCGACGGGAUCGGCUUCGCCGCAGAUUACGCCCCGUCCGACACCGGUCAAGAGUCCGUACGAGUGGAUGAAGAAGCAGUCCUACCAGAGCCAACCGAAUCCAGGGAAAACGCGCACGAAGGACAAGUACCGGGUGGUGUACACGGAUCAGCAGCGGCUCGAGCUAGAGAAGGAGUUCCACUACACGCGGUACAUCACGAUCCGCCGGAAGUCGGAGCUGGCCCAGAAUCUGCAGCUUUCCGAGCGGCAGGUGAAGAUCUGGUUCCAGAACCGGCGCGCCAAGGAUCGCAAGCAGAAGAAGAAGGCCGAAAGUGGUAGUGCCGGUACCGGCGGUACCGGUGGUGGUCCGGGCAGCAUUGGCGGUGGUAUUAUCGGCGGUGGUGCUGGGGGUGUUGGUGGUAGCGGGGGUGGCGGUGGGCUCGGUAUGGUCGGUGGCCCCCAUCAUCAUCACCAUCAUCAUCAUCUGGGACCGCAAUCGUUGGUGGCACACUCGCAAUCGGGCGGCCAGAACCAUCCGCACAGUUUGUUGGUCGAUACGAAACCGAAGCUCGAACCAUCGCUCCACCUUUCGCAUCUCCACCAGAUGAGCGCCAUGAGCAUGGGCAUGGGCUCGAUGGGUCUGCACCAUCCGGCCCACCAUCACCUUCAUCCGCACCUCGGUGUGCCGACGGCUUCGCAGCACCUCAACUCGGUACAGGGUGGUCCCGGGUCCCAGGUGCCUACCUCGCUCAGCAUAAUGUGAUGCGGCUAAAGGGAACAUACAGACACAGACAGACAGAAGGACGCACACAGCUUCGGUUUAAUUUAUUUGCUGUACGCCUGUUCUCCCUGUUCCCCUUCCAUUUUCUUCCUUCCUUCAUGUCACCUAAUCCUCAUCCAGCCAGCAAGUGCGUCGUGCAGUAGAGCAGAGCAGAGACACGCAGAGAUUAGCAGCAGCAGCAGCAGCAGCAGCAGCAGCAGCAGCAGCAGCAGCAGCAGCAGCAGCAGCAGCAGAGCAACGCGCACAGCCUUAGAACAACAACAAACGAAUGCAUUUGGUUAAGGGAAAUUAAAAGAACGUGGUACAAGUGAUUAGCGACGAGGAGGGGGGAUCGCGUGGUACACCCUUCUUCAUACAAUCAUCGAUCACAGCGGAGGUUGCGGGAUAAAUGGUCCAAGUGGUGCAGUGAUACCCUGCAAUGGCUUAAUGGUGAUGAAUGGCACACUAAAAUGCGGGACCAAAACGAAGCGGAAAGUUGGCGAAAAGUUUGUCAGGUCCGGUGUGUACCGACCGAUAUGGAAGGCUUAGUAGGGAGAAACCUGGUGAAGUGGGCUUAAAGGGUAAUCGAAGAAGAAAUAGAAUAGAUAGAAAGACGUAGAUGACGCGAAGAGCAGCGUUGCAGCGUAGGCGGUAGUGCUACACAAAAUAAAAUCUAAUUCAAGUGCAAUGUAUAAAACGAGAUAUACUUUUAAUGUUACGUGAGGCAUUAGGCGCAGAGGAGUAUUCUGCGAGUAGUAGUAGUAGUAGUAGUAGUAGAGGUAGUAGUGGAAAUAGAGUAGUAGGGCAUAGAGGCAUCGAUGAAGCGCGCCCGGGGGAUAACGAACAACAACAACAGGUGGUGGUGGUGUUGGCAAACGGCGAGAUCGCGACGGACCAACAGUCUGCCAACACCGACCACACCGACCGACCUUUCUGGCCCGGGGGCUCUGGCUCUGGCCACACCUGGCCUUACCGUUUUUUAUGGGUUAGAUGUUCUAGUUUUAAUGUGCGAUGGCGGCAGUAAUAAGGGCGUGUGUUGUGUGCGAAGUGUUGUGGAAGGAAAGGGUUUGUGGCAGGAGGCAGGAGAUAGGGAGGCAGGGCACGGGCACGGGCAAGGUGGUCUUUGUGCGCGCAUUGUAUCGCUACACCGAAGCGCGGACACCGAUGUCUGCGAAUAUGCGCACCGGCGAUCCGCGCGGCGUGAACAUGCAAAACGUGACGUCGGGGAUGAACGGGACUAACGAACGGGAUGCGCAGUAAACCCCCCCCCCCCUCUAUUGGCCUUGCCCCCUUGGCCUUCUUCAUCUUCCUUUUGCCAAUCCGGCCUUGCGCGCAUCAACCUUGCAGCUUGCUUACCUGUAUUCUUUUUAUGUGUUUUUUUUUGAGAUUCAUCUCUAAGAGAUCGUGCUGCUAGUUAAGAUUAAGACACCCAUACACACAUCCACACAUACACACACAAGCGUUAGGGCUCGGUCUCGGCUACGAUGUUAGCGAGUCGAGUUCGCGAGGGACAGAAGGCGGAAGAAGCUUAUAUAGUUAAGGUGCGUUACACUGUGCGUGAGUGUGCAGAAGAGUAUUAAACAAUCGAUUGUAACUUACUAAAGGUAGAUGCAAAUGGAAAAUGUGAAAAAUAGCGAACUAAAAGAAGGGGGGAAAUACUGUUGUAAACACACAAAAAACACAAACAUACAUCUUAAAAAAAAACACUGUUUUGCUGGCGUAGAAACUCAAGAUGCAACUCAAUAAAGUUUAGUU